CCUUGUCUUCAUACACUACAGGAUAACUGAAUGUAGCCGCUACUUGUAAGUUCAAGAAUAAUGCCCUUGUUUUUGCCCCGGCUGUUUGUCGAUCUAUAUGGGGCGAACAUGCCGAGGUACGGGACACUGGAACGUUAAGCAUCAAGAGGACUAGACACGAUGGCGGCAAACUUCCACUCAAAGUCGCCGUUAAUUCAAGAUCUGUAUUCCAUGGAACUUCGAUUACGGAGGCGACGACUACGGACGUUGUUGCUGUACGUCGUCAGUAUCAGCCUCAUCAUCGCCGUGCUCAUGCGCAUGAAGAGGAGUGAAAAGGGUGCCCAAUCAAAAACUCAUAUUGAACCACCAAUCGCUAACGAAGUCAUGAAUGACGUCACGGUACCGGAAGUCCAUCACGUGGUGUUCUUGAAAGUUCACAAAGCAGCAAGCUCUACCCUUAUGAACAUAUUCAUGAGAUUUGGAAUCUCACGUAACUUGAACGUCAUGGUUCCGAAAACAUUAAAUGUAUUUAGCCAAUCUACGUACCUUCAUCAAAAUCAGUUUCUUCACUACUCCCCCAGCGGACUGUAUGACAUCCUCUGCUGCCAUGUUGUAUACCGGAAGGCGUCCAUUGCGCCAUAUUUCCCGGCCGACACGCGUUAUAUCGGGAUAGUGAGGGAACCAUUCCAACAAUUCCUAUCAGCGUUUCUUUAUUACAGACAUUUAUCAUAUCUGAAAAAGAUUUCAGGGGAUAAUCCCGUGUCAACAUACCUGCAAGAUCCAUUAAGAUAUGAGCCUGGCCACGCCCUUUCUUCGUACACAAACAAUCGGAUGACCUUCGAUUUCGGUUACCCGUUCAAAGAAUAUGACAACACUUCCUACAUGUAUGACUACGUUGAUCAAUUAGUGUCAGAACUGGACUUUGUAAUAGUCGUAGAAUACUUUGACGAAUCUAUGUUGAUGCUGAAACAGCUACUUGGGUGGACUUUAAAAGAUAUGUUGUAUAUCCCGCGCAAGUACGGGGAAAGACGGAACACACUGACAUUUACAAGAGAAGACAGGGAGCGGCACAAACAGUGGGCAAGGCUGGACCAUAUUCUGUAUAAACGGUUUUUAAACAUUCUUCUAAAAAAGCUAGAUCAAAAGAACAAAUUAUUUUACGAGGAACUGGACACCUUUAAAGAUUUGAGAGCGAAAAUGGAACAUUUCUGUACAGCGACAAAGAAAGAAGAACUGUUUCUACCUAAGUCAACGUGGAACGAAAAUUUUACUGUCAGCAGAAAAGAUUGCGACCUCAUGCAAAUGAAUGCAAUUCCCCUCAUUAACUUAGUGAGAGGGAGGUAUAUUGUAAAGUGAGUUGCAUUUAACGCUCAUUUGACCGAUAUAUCAGCUAUAUCACCUUCUCGGCGUGGUGUGGUGAGAAGCCCGGUCGCAAGGGUUCAGCACGAAAAUGGUAUUUUACAGAUCAAGAUUCAUAACCGGAUCUAAUCUGAGAUUCGGGCACCUAAUCCCUGCGAACUGGUCAACUCCUGCCCUCGGUAUGUUAAAGAAAAAGAGGACAAUUAAUUUGAGAUCUACGUGCAUGUAAUUUCGUUUAUCUGCCAUUUCGUUGUCCUUUCAACGAUUCGAAGCAACCGAUUCUUACUUUUUUAUGUAACCACGUGCUGUCCGUGUGUUGACAUUGUGCCAUGCCUUGCAUUUGCCUUUGACGACGAAAUAACAAACUGCCAGUAAAUGGUUUUGAAUGACUA